AGCGUUUUACAUUCCACUAUUCUGUACUAUAUUUUACUAAUGAAGAUAGCCUUUUACAUCCCAAUAUUCUGUACUAUAUUUUUUCUAAUGAAAAUAGCGUUAUACAUCCCACUAUUCUAUAGCGUUUUACAUCCCAAUAUUCUGUACCAUAUUUUACUAAUGAAGAUAGAGUUUUUCAUCCCAUUAUUCUGUACUAUAUUUUGCGUUUUACAUCCCACUAUUCUGUACCAUCUUUUACUAAUGAAGAUAGAGUUUUACAUUCCACUAUUCUGUACCAUAUUUUACUAA